GUUUCAUUCUAUGGUGAUCGUUCGCAUAUUCGACACAGGUGAUACGGGACUAUAGUGUGAGAACUUUUUGCGCACAAUUUGAGUGCUUGUUCAGUGAUUUCAGCUGCGAGGGAUACAAGACACAUGUUAACGAUGCUGUGGGUACUAGCUUUGCUGGUAUGUUUGGUUUUGACAUAUUUGUACAUCACAAAAGUACAGAGUUACUGGAGAAGUAUCGGUAUAAAACAAGGCAAUCCUGUGUUUUUCUUCGGAGAAAACUGGGGAACUAUUACCCGCACACAAAGUUUUUCCGAAAUGAUUUUAUAUGUUUACAACAUGUUUCCGAAUGCUAGAUACUCAGGAUUUUAUCAGUUCAUUACGCCAACUCUCGUACUAAGAGACCCAGAUCUAAUCAAACAAAUAACAAUUAAAGACUUUGAUCAUUUCAUGGACCACAGGACGCUUAUUCCAGAGGAAAGUGAUCCUAUGUUUGGCAAAAAUUUAGUUUCUCUAAAGGGGCAAAAGUGGAAAGACAUGAGAGCAACAUUAAGUCCAUCUUUCACCAGUAGUAAAAUGAAAGCCAUGUUUAUUUUAAUUUCUGAAUGUGCUCACGACUUUGUCGAACAUUUUAAGAAUCAAAACCAAGAUAUUAUUACAAUUGAAAUGAAGGACACCUUUACCAGAUUUACCAAUGAUGUAAUUGCAACCACAGCUUUUGGCAUUAAAGUGGAUUCACUGAAAGACAGAACCAAUAGGUUUUAUGUAAUGGGUAAAGAUAUGACCAACUUCAGCAGUUUCUGGAAGAGCAUGAAAUUUUUUGGAUACUUUGCAUUUCCAACUUUAUUCAAACUAUUGAAAGUUAAACUUUUUACUAAAGAAGUAUCCACAUUUUUCAAAGAUCUGAUCAUUGAAACAAUAAAAACAAGGGAAGAAAAAGGAAUUGUACGUCCAGACAUGAUAAAUGUUUUAAUGGAGGCUAGAAAAGGUUUACAUAAAUAUGAAGAAAACAGUGGUGAUAUUGAUACUGGCUUUGCAACUGUUGAGGAAUCUGAAAUUGGCAAAUCUAAUAAAAAUAUCAGCCUUACUGAUGAUGAUGUGACUGCUCAGGCCUUAAUUUUCUUUUUUGCUGGUUUCGAUGCUGUGUCUUCUUUAAUGUGCUUUAUGUGUUACGAAUUGGGGGUGAAUCAAGAUGUCCAAGAUAAACUUAGGGAAGAAGUUAAUAAGACUUUAGAUGAUUGUGAAGGAAAAUUGACGUAUGAAGCUUUAAUGAGAAUGAAGUACAUGGACAUGGUUUUAACAGAGAGUCUUCGAAAAUGGCCGAUUGCUUCUGGUACAGACAGAAUCUGCACUAAACCUUUCACAAUCCAACCAGUCUUGCCUGACGAGAAACCGUUACAUUUAAAGAAAAAUGACGUACUUUUCUUGCCCUUUUUUGGCAUUCAUAGAGAUCCUAAAUAUUACCCGAAUCCAGAAAAAUUUGACCCUGAAAGGUUCAACGAUGAAAACAAAGUGAAUAUCAAACCUUACACUUAUUUACCUUUCGGAGUUGGACCCAGAAACUGUAUUGGUUCAAGGUUUGCCAUAAUGGAAACCAAGGCUGUGUUUUUCCACAUCUUGGCCAGUUUCAAAAUUGUGCCAGUUGAAAAGACAGUCAUUCCAUUAAGAAUUUGUAAGAAAAACUUCAAUUUGACUUCUGAAAACGGAUUUUGGUUCGGUCUACAGAAAAUAUAAAAUUUAAAAUCAGACAGACCAUGACAAUUAAUUACGUAACACGUUUUGGAUAUAUUAAAAAAUAAAAUAUAUUAUAAUCUUUAUAAUUGUGUUUUUAUUUAUAAAAACCAUGUUCUUCGAAAUUAUUAAUAUUUGUUGUUGUAGUAAUUAUAUCGUUAUCAAAUAAAUAAUAUAUGUCAUACAUGAAAUUGUAUAUCUAUAUUUUAUCUGUUUGUAAAUAGUUACAUAAUAAAGGUCAAACAAC